AUGGGAAGGAUAGUGACCUCUGAUUUUCGGCAUGUAAAGUGUUCUAAGAAAGAGCAGAAACUAGAGGAUGGGAUUAGUCAGUGCCCAGAUGACGUUCUCGUCUCUAUACUUUCAUAUUUAACGCUUGAAGAUGCUGCUAGGACAAGUGUUUUGUCAAAACGCUGGGUUAAUCUGUGGUUGUUUGUGUCUGGACUCGAUUUUGACACUGCAAAAGUGUGGAAAGGGCUUGAAGAACUGAAGUAUUCUGAGUAUCAUGAAUUACGCCGAAUCAACCGUCAAAAUUACAUUAAUUGGGUAAACAAGGUGCUGCAAUCGCACAAAGCCACUGCGCUGGAUGUAUUUAGAAUUCGAUUUGAUUUGAACAACUCCUCUAGAGAUGAGAUUGAUAAAUGGCUUCACUAUGCGUCUGCAAGGAACUUGCAGAGUUUAGAGUUGAACCUCUUAAGAUAUGAUGGUUUUUCAUUUGAGGUCAGGGAGGCUUAUGCUUUUCCCCCUGACCUCCUCGGGCCCAGUUAUGAGAAUCCUUCUGCCCCAUUUCCUGAUGGCAUCAAUUCUUUUGUCUUUAAGAACCUCAGGACUUUGGCGUUUAAGAGUGUAGCAGUGUCUGGGGAAGUUGUCAGAUUUUUCUUGCACAAUUGCCCUUUCCUUGAAUGUCUGACUGUGAACAACUCUCAUAUUCUUGAUAAAUUUGAAGUCUGUGGCCCGUCCUUUGCAUUGAAACAUCUGGAGAUAACUGAUUGCCCCAAAUUAGUUUCUCUUAUUGUAUCUGGAGCUAACCUUGUUUCGCUUAGAUUUACUGAAAGGGCCAAAAACAGUCUGGUGAUCAAGAAUGUGCCUAACCUUGUGGAUUUAAAUAUUGUCUGGUCGCCUCUUGGGUUUUCUAUUGGUAGAAUGAUCUCCUGUCUUUGUUGCUGCCUGUCAAUGCUGGAGAUUCUUACCUUCAAAGUCCUCGCCUGUGAUAUUACAUAUGAUUACUACGAAGAUGUUGGAGGUGUAGUCGCAGUUCCUCAAUUAACGAGAUUGAAGCAACUAACUGUUGUUGUUGGGGGACCAAAGGACGAGAGCCUGAUUCCAUUUACUUCUUUGAUAAGGGCAUCGCCAAACUUGGAGAAGUUUAUUGUGAAGUUUGGUUCGCUAAGUAAACCUCCCAAGAAACGUAGGGCUUCGUGGAAAGGAUUGGCCUUUCCCCUAGAACGUCUUCAAGUUGUGGAAAUAUUGGGAUACACCGGACGUGUGACAGAGAUGGAACUCGUAGAGUAUUUCCUAGAAAAUGUUGUUGCGCUGAAGAGAAUUGUCAUCGAUCCUCGUGAUCAGUUACGCCUUCCGACUCACACUAAUCAUCAUCCCCAUGAUAAUCCAAAGGACACAAUUUACAGAGAUCUUGCCAAACAACAGUUCCAGGGGUUAUUACCUUCAGAAGUUGAAUUGGUGCUUCUUUAG